AGGACAACUCCUCAUCCCUGUGAACGAGAAAAAAAACACAGACAGGGAGACGGUGGGGUGGAGUACAGGAAGCUGCUGUCCACGAAUAUCAGACCAUGGGCGAAAUCUAAUAACUACAUACAUCACGGUUUUUAUUUUUCCUAAUUUUUUGGGCCAGAAGCGGCAGAUUUUUUAAAGUUUUUUUUUUUCCUGGAUCGGAUCAGGGAUAAGCGAGAAGAUGUCUCGGGGAGUGAUCCAGCCUAGCCAGCAGAAACUGGCAGAAAAACUCACCAUCCUCAACGACAGAGGCAUCGGGAUGUUGACCCGUGUUUAUAAUAUUAAAAAGCAAGGACAAGUUUGGAAGGCAUGCGGCGAUCCCAAGGCUAAGCCCUCCUAUCUUGUCGAUAAGAACCUGGAGUCUGCUGUUAAAUUCAUUGUUAGGAAGUUUCCUGCUGUGGAGACGCGCAACAAUAACCAACAGCUGGCUCAGCUACAGAAGGAGAAGUCUGAGAUUCUGAAGAACUUGGCUCUCUACUAUUUCACCUUCGUGGAUGUCAUGGAGUUCAAGGACCAUGUGUGUGAGCUGCUCAACACCGUUGACGCCUGCCAAGUCUUCUUUGAUAUCACGGUGAACUUUGACCUCACCAAGAACUACCUGGACCUGGUGGUGACGUACACGACUUUGAUGAUCAUCCUGUCUCGUAUCGAGGAGAGGAAAGCCAUCAUAGGACUCUACAACUACGCCCAUGAGAUGACACACGGAGCCAGUGACAGGGAAUACCCUCGGCUCGGCCAGAUGAUCGUGGAUUACGAGAACCCUUUGAAGAAGAUGAUGGAGGAGUUUGUUCCACAUGGGAAGUCCCUGUCGGAUGCACUGAUCAGCCUUCAGAUGGUUUAUCCCAGGAGGAAUCUGUCUGCUGACCAGUGGAGGAACGCCCAGCUGCUCUCUCUCAUCUCUGCUCCCUCCACAAUGCUGAACCCGGCUCAGUCAGACACCAUGCCGUGUGAAUACCUCUCACUGGACGCCAUGGAGAAGUGGAUCGUGUUUGGCUUCAUUCUGUGCCACGCGGUGCUGAACAGCGACGCGGCGGCCUUGUCUUUGUGGAAGCUGGCUCUUCAGAGCUCCACCUGCCUCUGCCUCUUCAGGGACGAGGUCUUCCACAUACACAAGGCUGCAGAGGACCUGUUUGUGAACAUCAGAGGGUACAACAAACGCAUCAAUGACAUCAGAGAGUGUAAAGAACAGGCGCUGUCUCACGCGGGCACCAUGCACAGGGAGAGACGCAAGUUCCUCCGCUCGGCUCUGAAGGAGCUGGCCACCGUUCUAGCCGACCAGCCUGGCCUCCUUGGCCCAAAGGCAUUAUUCGUGUUCAUGGCACUGUCGUUCGCCCGGGACGAAAUCAUCUGGCUGCUCCGACAUGCCGACAACAUCCAGAAGAAAAGUACAGACGAUUUCAUCGACAAGCACAUAGCAGAGCUGAUCUUCUACAUGGAGGAGCUGAGAGCUCAUGUCAGGAAGUACGGUCCUGUGAUGCAGCGGUACUACGUCCAGUACCUGUCUGGAUUCGAUGCUGUGGUUCUGAAUGAGAUGGUGCAGAACCUGUCUGUGUGUCCCGAGGAUGAAUCCAUAAUCAUGUCCUCGUUUGUCAACACCAUGACCUCCCUCAGCGUCAAACAAGUGGAGGAUGGAGAGGUGUUUGACUUCAGAGGAAUGAGACUGGACUGGUUCAGACUGCAGGCCUACACCAGCGUUUCCAAGGCCAGCCUCGGUAUCGCUGAUCACAAGGAGCUGGGUAAAAUGAUGAACACCAUCAUCUUCCACACCAAGAUGGUGGACUCUCUGGUGGAGAUGCUGGUGGAGACUUCAGAUCUGUCUAUCUUCUGCUUUUACAGCCGAGCCUUCGAGAAAAUGUUUCAGCAGUGCCUGGAGCUUCCCUCACAGAGCAGACACUCCAUCUGCUUCCCUCUGCUCUGUGCACACUUCAUGUCCUGCACACACGAGCUCUGUCCUGAGGAGCGUCACCACAUAGGAGACCGGAGCCUGUCUCUGUGCAACAUGUUCCUGGAUGAGAUGGCCAAGCAGGCCCGGAACCUGAUCACUGACAUCUGUACCGAACAGUGUACACUCAGCGACCAGCUGCUGCCAAAGCACUGCGCCAAAACCAUCAGCCAGGCUGUCAACAAGAAAAGCAAGAAGGCAACGGGGAAGAAGGGCGAGCCGGAGAGGGAGAAACCCGGAGUGGAGAGCAUGAGGAAGAACAGAUUACUCGUCACCAAUCUGGACAAACUCCACACAGCUUUAUCUGAACUCUGCUUCUCCAUCAACUACGUUCCCAACCUGGUGGUGUGGGAGCACACCUUCACACCGAGAGAGUACCUCACCUCGCACCUGGAGAUCCGAUUCACCAAGUCUAUAGUAGGGAUGACCAUGUACAACCAGGCCACUCAGGAAAUAGCCAAGCCCAGCGAGCUGCUGACCAGCGUCCGAGCUUACAUGACAGUGCUGCAGUCCAUAGAGAACUACGUCACCAUCGACAUCACCCGGGUCUUCAACAACGUCCUCCUGCAGCAGACGCAGCACCUAGACAGCCAUGGGGAGCCCACCAUCACCAGUUUAUACACAAACUGGUAUUUGGAGACGUUGCUCCGUCAGGUCAGUAACGGACACAUCGCCUACUUCCCCGCCAUGAAGGCCUUCGUCAAUCUGCCCACUGAGAACGAGCUGACCUUCAACGCAGAGGAGUACUCCGACAUCUCCGAGAUGCGUUCGCUGUCGGAGCUGUUGGGCCCGUACGGUAUGAAGUUCCUCAGCGAGAGUCUGAUGUGGCACAUCGCAUCUCAGGUUUCUGAGCUGAAGAAACUGGUGGUGGAGAACAUGGAGGUUUUGACCCAGAUGAGGACGAGCUUUGACAAACCAGAACACAUGGCUGCACUCUUCAAAAAACUCACCUCUGUGGACAGCGUUUUGAAGAGGAUGACCAUCAUCGGGGUCAUUCUGUCCUUCCGCUCUCUUGCUCAGGAAGCUUUGAGAGACGUCUUGUCUUGUCACAUUCCCUUCCUGGUGAGUUCAGUGGAGGACUUCAAGGACCACAUUCCCAGAGAGACCGACAUGAAGGUGGCCAUGAACGUGUACGAGCUAUCCUCAGCGGCAGGUUUACCCUGUGAGAUCGACCCAGCCCUGGUGGUGGCGCUGUCUUCUCAGAAAAGCGACAACAUCAGUCCGGAGGAGGAGUAUAAAAUCGCCUGCCUGCUGAUGGUGUUUGUGGCCGUUUCCUUGCCAACCCUCGCUAGCAACGUGAUGUCACAGUACAGCCCCGCCAUCGAGGGCCACUGCAACAACAUCCACUGUUUGGCCAAAGCCAUCAACCAGAUCGCUGCUGCGCUCUUCACCAUCCAUAAGGGAAGCAUAGAAGACCGCCUCAAAGAGUUCCUGGCUCUGGCCUCAUCCAGUUUGCUGAAGAUCGGCCAAGAAACUGACAAGAUGACGACGCGUAACAGGGAAUCUGUUUACCUUCUGCUGGACAUGAUCGUGCAGGAGUCUCCCUUCCUGACCAUGGACCUGCUGGAGUCCUGCUUCCCCUACGUCCUGCUGCGAAACGCCUACCAUGCUGUCUAUAAACAGAGCAUCAGUGCAAACGCAUAAACACACACACACACACACACACACACACACACACACACACACACAGCUGAGACCUGAUGUUUGUCUACUGUUUGAGCAUUGGCACUUGGAUAUAGAUCCAAACAAAACACUACCAGAGUACACUAAACCCAAACUAAACACACUAAUUAAUGUUUCUCAUAAACAUUCUGACACAUUAAAGAAAGAGCUCCAACUACAGAACAAACCAAAACACACACACACACACACACACACACACACUAGCUGGGCAAAGUUGGGGAUCAGUGUCUAUUUCAAUCCUUGUUUUCCAUGUUGUUGCCGGGGGACCAUGAACUUAGCAACACAUAUACGAUGUUUCAAAGAACAAAAAUAUAAAGAUAUAUUAUAUAUAUAGUUGACACUGAAAUAUUCUUUUUUUUCUCUUAUUUUAAUAAACGUUAUGAGAUUUCUAUUGUCCAGCCGUUGAUUUGGAUGCUUACUUUUGGAAUGCAAACGAUUCUGACGUGAUGUGGGUUUUUAGUUUUACUUUGCUGUUAUCGGGGAGGUCUGGACUGGGUUCCUGUUUACACACACACACACACACACACACACACACACACACACACACACACACACACACACACACACACAAUCGUUCUACAGACACACACUCUUGUAUAACAUGGUGAUGCUUUUUCUUUUCUAGCUAGUCGUAACAUGACCAUUUGUGGGUAAAGAUAUGCUGUCUGUAUCCUACUUUGAUGUGAACUGAACUUGUCUGUUUUUAAUGUUUUGUUCAUUUUUACGAUGACAAUGAUGACAAUUUGCCAAAUGUGUUGACACUAAAACUCGUGUAUCAGGGCUUGGAAGUGAUGGAGUGUUUGAAUAUUAAUGGUGUGUGAUGCCAUUUUCCAGUGUUGGGUGGGUGAUGAACAGAAAAACACACACGGGCGUUUACAGUGUGGAGAAAACGUCGAAUCCCCUCAGCUAUUAGCAACAUUUUCUGAAUUAGAGACGAGUAGAAAACCUUGUUUCUGUUGCCAACAUGCAGCUUGUGACAGAAGGCAUUCAGUAAAUGAGUUUUAUUUUUAAACUAAAUCAGCUGAGUGGAGGGUGGAGGUGUAGGGAGUUGGACAUUUACACUUAGGGGUGUUUUGGAAGUAAAUUUGAUCAGUUCUUUCACACUAAAUAAAAUUAGAUCUCUGACCUGUGACAGUCAACAAGAACCUGGAGCUGCAAUAAGACAAAAUAAAUAUAUAUAUGUAAACACUCUGA